ACGUACCCUGCUAACCUGCUACAGCCGUCUGCUCAUGUAAACAACAGCAAAGGAUGUGAUUUGGACGUUUCACUUUACAGCUAGCACUUUAUUCCUGACCAUGGUGCAGCCGGCAGAGAAAGCGUAUUAUCGCUUCGUGGUGCUCUUCUUUAACUGUCUGCUGACGUUUGGCUCCUACUUCUGCUUCGACAUCCCCAGUGUUCUGCAGGAUCAGUUUCAAGGGAACCUGACGUGUACCAAUGCAACGGUGAUCAAUGGGACAGUGGACUGUGUGGAGGGACUGGGGAUGAGCCCUCAGCAGUACAAUCUUCUCUAUGCCAUCUACGCUUGGACGAAUGCAGUGGUGGUGAUCAUGGCCGGAUUCCUGAUUGACAAAUUAGGAAACCGCUUCGGGGUGUUUCUGUUCUCCUUUCUGUGUGUUUUGGGCUCAUCCCUGUUCGCGCUGGGUUCCCACUUCAAAGGAACUCCCUAUCUGCUGCCUCUGAUGCUCACAGGCCGCCUGUUGUUUGGAUCAGGCAACGGAUCGCUAACCAUUGUUCAGAACCGCAUCACAGCCUUCUGGUUCAAAGGGAAGGAGCUGGCUUUGGCUUUCGGUCUGACGCUGGCCUUCUCUCGUCUGGGUUCAGUCUUGAACUUCUUCUUCACCCAGAAGUUUGAAGAAAACUAUGGCAUGCAGUGGACGCUCUGGGGUGGAGCACUAUUGUGUGUGCUGGGCUUUAGUUCUGCUAUCAUAGUCAGUGCCUUGGACAAAAUUGGAAUGAGGCAGCUGGGUCUUGAUGGAGCCAUCCAAGAAGAGUCCCGCAAAGUGAGAAUUCAGGAUGUGAAGCUCCUGUCGCUAAGAUACUGGCUGCUGGUUCUCACCAUCAUGUUCUUCUACAACGGCAUCUUCCCGUUCAUCGCAGAUGCAAGCAAAUUCAUUCAGGAUAAAUACGACGGCUACAGUCAGAAGGAGGCGGCCUACAUCGCGGGAGCCGUUUAUGACAGCUCACUGGUCCUCUCAGCCAGUGUGGGCAUUCUCAUAGAUUACGUGGGUCUGCGGGGCGUCUUUGCAUUGGCCUGUGCCAUCUUCACGCUGCCAGUGUUUGGACUCCUGGCCUUCACCUUUGUCCCUCCUCUGGUGUCCACCAUCUGGCUGGGAGUCACCUACUCCUUUGCUGCUGCGAGCAUGUGGCCAUCUAUUCCCCUCGUCGUGCCUCAGGCCACUCUGGGAACAGCCAUGGGCCUUGCCACCUCCAUACAGAUGAUUGGGAUCGGGGUGUCCAAUCUAGUUGUUGGACAGAUAUUAGGCACCAAAUCGAGUGAAACUAAGAUUCCGUUGUGGCGUUGGCAGAGGAUGAUGAUCUUCAUGCUGGCCAACACCAUCAGCUGCAUCGUGACCUCAGUGCUGCUCAAUGUCGUUGAUCACAGACAGGGCGGGACCCUGAACAAGACAACCAAGAGGUCGGCGCCGGCAGCGAGAGACUCAGACCGAGAGCCGCUCAACCCGGGAGAGGAAGAGCAGAAUGACGAGGAUGAUGAUGAUGCUGUCAGGUCUCCUUCUAUCAACUCAUGAGUUUUUAAUCUUAACACUCUGCCCAUGUUGGAUUAUUGCUCUCUUUUUAGCCAAUUUUAUAUGCAGUCGCCUCAGAGAGUUCAGACUUCAUCUCUUUUUGUACAGUUGCGUUUGUUUUUCAUCAAUCAAUGGUCAGUUAAUGAUGAUGGAAAAUCAAUAAUGGGAUUUUAGAUUUUUUUUUUUUUUUUAAUUAAAAAUCAAAAAUUGAGAUCUCUUAUUACCACAAGUUUUCAGAGUCUUAAUUUAGUACCCCGUUGAAGCCCCUUCCUCCUUCUUGGAUACGUCUGCAUAGGCUUCGCAAAUAUGGAUUUAUGCAGUUUAUCCAUUUUUUCCUGACAGAUUCUGUCAAAUUUGACUUGCAUAGGAAGCAUCUAUAAACUGCCAUCUUCAAGUCUCUCUAUAGAUGUUCAAAGAGGUUCAAGUCUGGACUUUGGGUGGGCCACUCAGAGAAUUGUCCUAAAGCCACUCCAGUGUUGUUUUGCCUGUUUAGCUUAGAUUUUGUGUCAAUAAAUGAACAAAUACCCUCUCAGGUCAAAUAUACAGUUGGGGACACUCAAAGUUUUAGAAAUGGUUUCGUAGCCUCCCCUGAUCUGUGCCUCGUCAGAGAGUUACUUAGCUUUCAUGGUUCAGUGUGAAUCACGGGAUCUUAUGUACACGGAUGUGCCUUUUCUAAACCACUGGUGGAUUAUUUAAACUAACAGGAAGCAUCUGAGCACAGUUUGGAGAUCUGCAAGCAAACAGUCUGAAUACUUUGGUAGAUGAGGGAUUUCAAGUUUUGAUUUGUGAAUAAUUGUCUUUUUAAAAAUCAAAAACAAACAUCUACAACACAGUAAAGUAUGCAAAAAAAUAAGGAGCCUGAAUACUUUCUGAAGCGACUGUGUGUACCAGGUUUUUAGACUGUUCAGAUGUCACUAAAGCCACAUCACUUCUCCUCACUGUGUAGCUACAGGGAUGCUACAGAUGACUCCGAGUCAAAAUAAAUUCCAGUUAAGCAGUAUUUGCACCCUAAUUGUACAUACAUGUUACACUAAAUAUUCACAAUACAAUGUAAGUAUUGCAGGGUGUUUUCUUUUAAUUAGUUUUUUUUAAUUAUACGGGUAAAAAGGGAAACAAAACAAAAUGUCAGCAAAACUUCUAUCCUUGUAACCUGUUGGAAUUUUGUUUGAUCUUAAACACGUUAUAUCAGUUUUGUUUUCACUUAGCUAUUGACUUAACUGCCAUAAUUGACGGUGUGGGCAUUGAUUAUAACUCAAGAAUUUUUUUCUUUAAAAAAUGCAUGUCAGAAAAAUAUAUUUCCUUUUUUUUUUUUUUUUUUUUUUAAUGAUUUUCUUUCUUAUAAAACAGUGAGCUGUAAAUCUGUGAGUCUCCUCGACUUUCUGGACCUUUCAUGGUGACUUCCAGCUUAUUGUUUAGCCGUCUAGCUCACAACUUUACUGUUUUGAUUCCCGCUCUGAAAUGUAUUUUUGGCCGUGGGAGGCAAAUGUUUUCAACACAUAAAGCUCUAAAAACUAAAGACACUACCGACACAGCAUCAAACUGCAGACAGACACGGUUAGCAACAAGUUUGUGAACACAUUGAAGCAUUUAGCAGCUAAAAUGAAAGCAAAGCUAAACGAAAGGGAAUGAUGGAGGGAAUGAUUGUGAGUUUGGAGUUCAGUCUUCCUCCCCCUCAUCCCAUCAUGUUAAGCACACAGCAGCCACUAGGUGGAGCUCAACACACAUUUGUGUGCACCGCUUAAACCACAAUUUUUGUAGUAACCACAGAUUAGUGAGUCCACCACUGUUGGGUUUAUGUCACUUACCUUUAUCAAAGCUCCUCUAAUUUUUCCCAUUGCCACCUUUCCUUUUCGUGGAAUCAUAAAAAGUAGAUACUCACACCUCUUUCGUAAGCCAGUGUGGGUAUCUGGGGGAGGUUCUCAAGAUAACAGUACUUCAUAUCACAUCCAUCAUACUGUCAACAACUGCAAGAAUGUAGCUGUCAUUAAAAUAGCUACAGAUAAAUAGCAGCACAGCAAAGAAGAGCUGCUUCUUUUAGGCUUUCUCUCAUCCUUCUAAGUCUGUGUCUCCUAAAUAAUGACGUGUUUUUACAUUUGUGACUCGUCCAACAAUGAAGAACAGUCUGUGUGAAAUGAUCCGUUUGCUUUUUCACUAUUUGUAUCAAUAUUCACUUCCAGUCCUGUGAUGUUACAGCAUAGAUUCUUCUAUUUGCAAAACACAUACUGAUGUAAUAUAGUGUUUUCUACAAAUUC